AUGUCUCAUUCGGGUGCAGCAGUGUUUAAGAAAGUGUCAGGGAUCCUAACGGUCAACGAAGAUGCUUCUCCUGCCGAGCUUUUAUGGAGAUCGACUGAUGGAGACAAAACUCACAAAGUAAUACUGAAUACCAUUGACAAGCUGCAAGCGACACCCGCAACGAGCGAAAAAAUGAUGUUGCGGCUCAUAGGGAAGAUAGAUGAGUCUAAAAAGCGCAAAGACAACGAGGGAAACGAGGUAAAGCCCAACUUGCCUAGUCAUGUAUUUUCCUUCAAUAACCGCACUGUAAUGGACAAUAUUAAGGAGACUCUUCAGCUGAUCAUUGCACGUUACAAGGACGAGGAGGUGUUUGAAGAGAAGAAGCGCAAAGAGUCCAGCAUGGCGCCCGCACUUUCUGAAAGUGCUCCCUUAAUUAAUACGUCUACUCUGGAUGAUUCUUUGUCUCGCGAAAAGCUGCUCACUAAUCUCAAACUCCAGCAAUCUCUGCUCAAAGAAAACAAAAACCUGAUGAGAACAUUUCAGGAGGCUGUCAUCAAUUCAGGCCUUCCGCCAGACGAGUUUUGGUCCACUAGAGUCCCUCUACUUCGUGCAUUUGCUCUAACAACGUCUCAAAGAACAGGACCCUACAAUGUACUCUCUACUAUUAAACCAGUUGCUUCUUCAGAUAACAAAGUUAACGUUAGCGUCUCGCGCGAAAAGAUUCUAACGAUUUUUCAAACAUACCCAAUUGUGAAAAAGGCCUACGAUGACAGUGUUCCUAAAAACUUCAAGGAACAAGAAUUUUGGGCGAGGUUCUUCUCAUCCAAGCUGUUUCGCAAACUCAGAGGUGAAAGAAUCAUGCAAAGUGAUCGCGGUGACAUGAUUAUAGAUCGUUACCUCACGCUGGAUCAAGAAUUUGACAGGAAAGACGAUGGCGAUCUUCAACACUCAGUAAAGAAGCUUUUGGAUCUCGAAGGUAAUGAUCAGGAUGACCCAGAACGUAAGGGGAACAACCCAGACUUUACUAUGCUUCCUGGCGUAGACCCCAAUGGGAAUACUGAUGGUGUAGUGGAUAUCCUGAAAGGCAUGAACCGACUGAGUCAGAAAAUGAUCAAAUCAUUGGAGAACGAGUAUUCAAGAACAAACCUUCUCGCAGAAGAUGCAGAUAAGGAAGAGCGGGAAGAGCUUAUGUUCAGCGAUUUGGAAGAGGCAGAUGAGGCUAAGUACAUAGAAAUAACAGUCAAACAACGAAAAGCUGUUGACAAAGAAGCGUUAGGACAAAUUAACGGAAAAACAAAACUAGUAGUGGGAAAACAGGAUAUAGAUCAACAGAUUGAUCUUGUUGUCGAUGGGCUAACCAAAUCUGUUGAUCUGACCAAAGUAACUAAUGACAAUAAGGAGAUAAACAACUCCGUGAAUCAGAUCGUAAUACGAGCAGUGAAAAUCAACGCCAAACAAGCUAGAAACUCAAACAUGAGCGCCGUGGCUGGGUCUACGAACAGCAUCGCCACUGUGGCCUCUACGGUGGAAGUGAACUCACCACUGCCGCCGGACCUACUGGAAAGCUGCCGAGUGCUACAUGGAACAUGCUGUGAGUUUCUGAAGCAUUUUUAUAUUCAUUUCCAGAGCGGUGAAGUCCGACAGGCGCCAACUGUGAAAAAGCUUUACAGCUACUUGAGGCAAUGUUUGGAUAAGAUAACAAACUUGCUGAACCAGGUCAAAAAUAAUGAAAAUGCUCAACGGGAUGGCCUGGUUAACAAUUGCCAGGCAUACUUAAAAUCAGUACUUGAGCCACUAAAUUUGGCUAUUCUGAAAUACGAAAAAGCCGUAGAUGAAGUCGACGCUUCUAAUGCAGGCAAGGAUGCAUCAAAUUUAACGGGAUAG